UUACUGAAACUUACAGCCAAUACUAUCAGUUACGAGGUUGGAAAGACUGAAAAGCUGUUGGCGCCUUCAAUAAUUAGCUCUUUAUCGGAUGCAUUUCACCCAAGAACCCUUAUCACUUAUCAGUGCACGCUAGCAUAACCUCAAUCCUAACCUUAGAGCCUGGAGCCGGCAGCGGCAGAAGAGCACGAGCGUUGCAUUGGUCAUCGUGUGAUCGUGACUGAUAAUCAGAACCCAUUACCUCCUCGCGAGAACGCCUUUGCUACAAGUUCCAAAUCACAUAACCGCAUACUCUUCGCAUUUCACGUACAGUUUUUCUUUGCUUUUUUCAAGAAUCUCGUGCCCUUCGUUUGUUUCCAAUUUCCUGUUAUUUUAUCUCAUCUCUCAAGAAUGGCACUGGCAGCUGCAAAGAAACUUAAGCCACUGUUUGACCGUGUCCUAAUUCAAAAAGUUGAGGCAGUCACCAAAACAAAGGGUGGUAUUGUCAUUCCAGAGAAAGCUGUAGGCAAAGUUCUAGAGGGCACUGUUGUAGCCGUUGGGAAUGGACAAAGAAAUAAUAAUGGUGAGAUUGUCCCUCUGCACGUACAGGUUGGUGAUAAGGUACUGUUGCCAGAGUAUGGAGGCACAAAAGUUACGCUAGAGGAGCAAGAAUUCCAUCUUUUCCGAGAAUCAGAUAUUUUAGCCAAAUUAGAAUCGUAAGAUUGACCCUCCAAUCUUUCUUCUUUCGAAGAGUCUAUUCUUCAAUUGUACAUUAUGUUCGUCUUGUAGUUACGCUGAAAACUGUUAGUUCUGCAUCAGCUAAAAAAAAUCCAGGCUACUUCAUGUUUUUCCUUCCUUGUAACUUGUCUCUCAAUUGGUCACCAGAAACUGACGGCAAAGAGUUAGUUGUUAGCUUUAGUUUUUAAUUUUUUAUUGUCUCUUUUUAAUUUAAGGUUUUUGCUGAAAACUUUUUCUAAGUAAAACUGUUGUUUAUCACAUGA